AUGGAUCCCAGAUUGACUCAUGUGUUCACCCUGCGAGCCCAUGUUGCUCAGGACAGCGUCCAGCUAGGAUCAAAUCCCACUGGCUCUCAAAAGAACAUUACCGCUUUAGAGGGUGGGAUCUUUCAUGGCGUUCCCAACACACGAGGCGAAGGCGUGGACGCCACUCUCGUCCCUGGUGGAAGUGACUGGGUGCUAUUUGACCCGGCCACAAACGUGGUGCAGAUCGAUGUUCGCACUCAGGGCAAGCUUUCGGAUGGAUCGGGAUUGUCAUUACAGUACACGGGGUAUAUGAUGGUAGACGAGCAAGCGAAACGGUUCAUGGGUCGCUUCUGA